AUGAAGAGCACUUUGGCCCUCGCCCUGGCUGCUGCUGGCAUCAGCCAGGUCUCGGCCUCUUUCCUCAACGCCGCUUCCUACUCGUGCCCCAGCAACACUGACAACCAGUGCACCGACAAGCAGAGCGCCGGUCUGGAUUUCACUGAUCUCGACGAUGGUAGUGUCGGCAACUAUGCCGGCUUCCAAUGGUCCGGAUUCACCUGCCAGAGCAGCUUCAACAAGCGUGACCACCUCGGAAAGCGUACCGCUGUGUCCAGCAAGUGCGUCUCCGGACACGCUUCCACCCAGAAGAGCUCAUCCCCCUCUUUCGGCUGUGACUCCAAGUCCGGCGUUGACAAGACUUCCGUUGGCGAGUUCCACGUCUACCCCGAGUUCGACUGUGACCUAGAGUUCCACUACGACAUGCCUGACGGCUCUACCUGCAAGCACCGAUCCGCUUGCUCUUCGUCUGGAACUGUCGUCAAGAACAGCCAGUGUGGUGGUGCCAAGAACGUCACCAUCGUCUACCCUUCGCAGCCCGCUAUCCCCAAGGAGACUUGCUCUUUCGCUGUCCCCUCCAUCUCUUUCUCUUGUGGCAGCGCCAGCAGCACCAAGGUUUACAGCACCAAGAUCACUUCCUCCACCAGCAAGCCUGCGACUUUCACCACCUCCAGCAAGGCCGAGUCCACUCACACCUACUCUGUCUCUAAGCCCGUUGAGUCUACCUCCAGCACUCACGCUUCUUCGACCACCUCUCCCGUGACUGCCACCGCUGGCUCUUCAAGCAGCUACUCUCAGAUCACCCCCACCACUACCAGCAGUGCUGUCGUGUCCAGCAGCACCUCAAAGGUUGACUCCAUUGCUACCGUUCCAUCUGCUUCCUCCGCAACUGAAGUUACCACUUUCACCUCGGUCACUUCUUACCUCUCGACUUCCACUGUCUUGAGCACCCGUGUCUCUACCAUCAUCAGCUGCGCUCCUGAGGUGACCAACUGCCCCGCCUCAUCUGGCGCCGUUGUCACCACUGAGAUCAUUGAGGUCUCUACCACUAUCUGCCCUGUAACCGAGACCCAGACCUUCACCUCUAGCAAGCCCGUCGAGACCAAGCCCACCACCGCUGUCGGAACCACCGUUGAGACCUCGUCCAACGCUGCCGAGACUAAGCCUAGCAGCGCUGUUGGCUCUACUACCAUCGUCAAGGGCUCCUCCACCGUUGUCGUCUCUUCCAGCACCUCUCCUUCCGCCCCUGUUGAGACCCUUCCCUGCCCUGCGGUUGUUCCUUCUUGCUUGAACACCUGGUUGUUCGCCGUUGGCUGCAAGGACAACUCUGAUGCCAGCUGCUACUGCCCCGACUCUCAGUUCGUUGAGAAUGUUUUCACCUGCAUCUACGCCCACGGUGAGAGCGACGAGGAGAUCUCUGAGGCUGUUAACUACUUCCAGGGUAUCUGCGGUAACUAUGCUGGCUCCAACCCUGGCAUUGCUACCGCCGUUCCCACAUACGUCAGCCAAGUCUCCCCAGCAAGCUCUGCUUCUGCUUCCAUCUACACCACUAUCGUGGUUGAUGUUACCACCGUCGUCCCUUGCACCACCAGCGUUGGCUCCACCGUCUCCACCAUUGCCGGCAGCUCUUCCACCAUCAUCAUCAGCACUGCUGUCACUGUUCCUCAGGUCGUCUUCAGCAGCAUCACCUCUGGUGCUUCUACUACUGACGUCGCCGUCGUUCCUGGCACCUACUCUGCCGUCCCCGUUGUCUCUGCCACCCCCACUGGAGCUACUGCCACUGGCAACAGCCCCGUCACUGGCUCAGCACCUUACCCUACCAACGUCGGAAGCACUUUGAUCACUGCUCAGCCCACUGGAACUGGAGCAGUUUACCCCACAAAGUCUGCCUCCACAACUGGAGUCUUCGCAACUGCUGGUGCCGCUCGUAUUGGCUCUGGUAUCGGCUUCCUUGGCUUCCUCGGUCUCGCCGUCGCUGCCUUGUAAAUGGCCUAGUGUAGCCAAACCGUCCCUACACAGGUGACAAACUACAACUGUAUCAUUCUUACGAUCCUUACGAAUAGCAUUUUUGGCGGUGAAAGGUUUGGGAACAGCGUUUGUCUGGUCACACCUACAUGAGCCGCAGAGCUCGAGCAUUUUUCUUUUGAGAUAGAGAAAACCCGAAGAAGAGAGAAGCAUUGCCACAACGAUAGAUACAUAGGCCGAGGAGGAUGUGGAAGAUUUGUAGUAAUACUUAAUAUACCCAAGGAACAAUAUAG